AUGUCUAAGAACUUAAUCUUCUUAUUGCUUUUGAUCAAUAUAGUGAAUGUUAAUUGCCAGAAUGCAGAUCUAUUCGGAUUUUUCUUGUCUUUCUUCGAUAAUACUGUCGACAAUCUGUUGAGUUUUUUCAAAGGGUGGCUGGACACUAAAGGAGAUGCGAGCGAAAAUCCUGAAAUUGGGAGGUACUUCAGUCCGCGGAUGGAACAUUCCACGAGUAAAAGUUUAAAGAAGAUGGCCCUCCCGCUGCUGCCGUUGAUAUUCCACGUCGGAGCCACAUCGACUUGGAUUAUUCUGACCGGUUUACUGGCCGCGAAGUCUGUGGCGAUCGGACUCGCGAUACUGGUCUUCAAAAUAGCCGUCAGCUCAGCUAAGGUGGCGUCUUUCUUCACAUCCUUCAAGGCGAAGCACUCGAGUCACAGUCAAGAAUGGUCACCGUCGUGGUCACCAUCAUGGUCACCGUCGCCGCACGAAUACGGUCAAGACAGAAGCUACACGGAUAAUGGAUUGCGGCCCUACGAGGACAGUUAUCAACCGAUACGGACCCGCCAGCCUCCGACUUACGAGAUACCUUUAAAAGGCAACGAAGGAUCAGAACAAAUAUCCUUAAUAGAAGAACACAGCAAAGAAUCGAAGGAUAAACUGUAA